UCUCGUUCUUUCAUCAGGUUAUGCAUGUCACUACUUAACCAUGGAAGCUCUUUUUUUUCUGUUGUGGGGUUUAGUUCUCCUUAAGAAGUUAUUCAUUGUCCAUUGAAUUGUGGCGAAAAAGAUCUGACAGUCAGAGUCGACAUCAGAGUAAGAAAGUAGGCUAUUCCAUUCUAUUCCUUUAAUUGCAUUUUCAAAGUCAUUUUGUUGUCCCUUGGGUAUUCUGAGGUGACUAGGCUUAUACAUAAAAUGAGGGUGAGUAAAUAAUGAUGUUUUUGAGAGAAGUAAAUUUCGUUAAAUAUCAUUAUAUGUACGAGAAUGGUGUUUCAGAUUUCAAAACAAACCUGCUCACAAUAUUACAUUACAAAAGAUGUUGAAGGGUUAACUAGAGAGGCUUUUGCCCCACCUCCUUCUCCCUCCCGUAGGAAAGAGGAUCGGUAUUUGCCUCACUCUUCUCCCUGCUUCCAUAAUGGCUGUUCGUUUUGCAUUGAGCUCUGCAGAAAGGAUUGGAUUUGGUUUUCUGAGGCCCAUAACAACAACCACAGACAUCAGGAGAGGGGCAGUGGGUAAUGCUGUUGCUUCUGUCACUGUUCAGGACAGCCAUGGGAAGCUCAAGACUGUGGCUGACCUUCCAGAGAUCACCACAUAUAGGAUGUUGUACAGACUGAUCUUUAAACGGUACUUGAAUCGCAUGCAUGAGCUACAGUUAUACGAAAAACGUCUUUAUGGUCCCUUGUACAAAGUGAACGCUGGAAACUUCCAAUCCAUUUCAAUAAACAGUGUGGACUUACUGGAGGAACUCCUUAGAAAAGAUGAGAAGUUUCCUUGCAGAGGAGACAUGACUCUGUGGACAGAGUACCGUGACAUGAGAGGCAUCGGCUACGGCCCUUUCACAGAAGAAGGAGAGAAAUGGUACAAACUGCGGUCAGUGCUGAACAAACGCAUGCUGCAUCCAAAGGACUCGGUUCAGUAUGGAGAUGUGGUCAAUGCGGUGGUCAAAGACUUCAUCAAACGGAUUUACUAUCUGCGGGAAAUGAGCCCCACUGGUGAUCUUGUACCUAACUUGACCAAUGAGCUUUACCGGUUUUCCCUUGAAGGAAUCUCAUCUAUUCUGUUUGAGACGCGCAUUGGCUGCCUGGAGAAAGAGAUUCCUGCAGAGACACAGGAUUUCAUUAAUUCUAUUGCACAAAUGUUCACCUACAGCAUGCCUGUGGUGGUGCUGCCCAACUGGACUCGCAGUUACUUGCCAUUUUGGCGGUGGUACCUCAAUGGCUGGGAGGGAAUAUUCAAAUUCGCCGGAAAGAUGAUUGACAUGAAGAUGGAGGCCAUUCAGAGGCGCGUGGAUGCAAAUCAGGAGGUUGCUGGGGAGUAUCUCACCUAUUUGCUUUCCAAUGUUAAAAUGAGCAGUAAAGAUGUUUAUGGAAGCAUUUCUGAGCUUCUGUUGGCUGGAGUGGACACAACCUCCAACACCAUGUUGUGGGCAUUGUAUCUCCUCUCAAGAGAUCCAGAAGCUCAAGAGGCUCUGUAUCAGGAUGUAACCAGAGUCUUAAAGGGCGACAGAGUCCCAACAGCACAGGAAGUGAACAACAUGCCUUACCUCAAAGCUGUCAUCAAGGAAACACUAAGGAUGUAUCCUGUGGUGCCCAUGAAUUCUCGUCUUAUUGCAGAAAAUGAUGUUGUCAUUGGUGGACACUUUUUCCCAAAAAAGACAACAUUCACUCUGUGCCACUAUGCAAUCAGCCGUGAUGAGAAAGUCUUUCCAGAACCACGGAAGUUCAAACCUGACCGCUGGCUCCGAGAUGGCAGAACAAGACCCAACCCAUUUGGGUCAAUCCCAUUUGGCUUUGGAGUCAGAGGCUGUGUUGGCCGGCGCAUUGCUGAAUUGGAGAUGCAUCUGGCUUUGGCAAGGCUAAUCCAGUUGUUUGAAAUCAGACCGGACCCAACUGUUGGUGAGGUUCAGUCACUCAAUCGCACAGUGCUUGCGCCAGACAGAAAGGUUAACCUCCACUUUGUGGAGAGACCGAAGAUACAUUCUGAAGCAUAGCUAAAGAAGACCACUGUUUCAGAAAGACAUAAGCUGUAUGUAUACAUUUGAAAAUUAUUAGCUGAAGUGAAUCAUGUGAAUAUGUCAAUUUCUUUAUCUUCAUUUGAUAAUGAUUCUGUUGUGCUUUGGAAUAUGCAAUAUAAAGGACCCUGUAUUACACUGUGAAAAAUAUUUUUUUCCCUUCCUAUUUUAUAUAGCUUUUGCCAUUAAAUUGUUCUUGUGCAUUGUAUUUCAUUAUGCUGAUAUAUAUGAAUCUUUAAGGAUCUUGAAUUAAGAAAUAAAUGAAAUCCAAAAUA